UAGUUAAAGCAAAAAAAAAAAAAAUGUUUUCAGGCGUGACGGGAAUCCUGAAUAAGGGGCGGAAAAUAAGAGGGACAGUGGUGUUGAUGAGAAAGAAUGUGUUGGACUAUAACACAAUUAUUAGUAUUGGUGGUGGUAACGUCCGUGGAGUUAUCGACUCCGGCAUCAAUCUCAUUGGUUCAACUGUCGAUGGCCUCACUGCCUUUUUGGGCCGCAGUGUCUCUCUCCAGCUCAUUAGUGCUACCAAAUCCGAUCGGAAAGUAGGAAAGGAUACGUUUUUGGAAGGUAUCAUUGCCUCGUUACCAACCUUGGGAGCUGGUGAAUCUGCAUUCAAUAUUCAUUUUGAAUGGGAUGAUGACAUGGGAAUUCCCGCUGCAUUUUACAUCAAAAACUAUAUGCAAGUUGAGUUUUAUCUCAAGACUCUUACUCUUGAAGAUGUUCCAAACCAUGGAACCAUCCAUUUCGUAUGCAACUCUUGGGUUUACAAUUCUAAACUCUACAAAACUCCACGUAUUUUCUUUGCAAACAAGACAUAUCUUCCAAGUGAAACACCGUCUCCACUUGUUAAAUAUAGAGAAGAGGAAUUGCAUAAUUUAAGGGGUGAUGGAACAGGAGAACGCAAGGAACAUGAAAGAAUCUAUGAUUAUGAUGUCUAUAAUGAUUUGGGCAAUCCAGAUCAUGGUGAAAAUUUUGUUCGUCCUGUUAUUGGAGGAUCUAGCACCCUUCCCUACCCACGCAGAGGAAGGACGGGUCGAUAUCCAACAUUAAAAGAUCCGAAGAGUGAGAAACCAGCUACAGAAGUAUAUGUUCCAAGAGAUGAAAAUUUUGGUCAUUUGAAGUCUUCAGACUUUCUAACCUAUGGAAUAAAAUCUUUAUCUCAAUGUGUAUUACCAGCAUUUGAAUCUGCAUUCGACUUGAAUUUUACACCAAAUGAGUUUGAUAGUUUCCAAGAUGUGCGUGACCUCUUUGAAGGUGGAAUUAAGCUGCCUUUAGAUGUAAUUAGCACAAUUAGUCCCUUACCUGUGAUCAAAGAACUCUUCCGUACUGAUGGUGAACAAGUCCUCAAAUUUCCAGAACCUCAUAUUAUUCAAGUAAGUAAGUCUGCAUGGAUGACUGAUGAAGAAUUUGCAAGAGAAAUGCUUGCUGGCGUAAAUCCUUGCAUGAUUCGGGGUCUUAAAGAGUUUCCUCCAAAAAGCAAUCUUGACCCUACAAUCUAUGGCGAUCAAACUAGUAAGAUAACUGCAGAUGUCAUGGAGCUUGAUGGGUGCACAAUAGAAGAGGCACUUGCUAGUGGGAGGUUAUUCAUAUUAGAUUACCACGACACAUUCAUGCCAUAUUUGAGACGAAUAAAUGAGACUUCUGCAAAGGCUUAUGCCACUAGAACCAUCCUUUUUCUCAAAGAAAAUGGAACUUUAAAGCCAGUGGCUAUUGAAUUAAGUUUGCCACAUCCUGAUGGUGAUAAUUCAGGUGUCGUUAGUCAAGUCAUCUUACCUGCAAAUGAAGGUGUUGAAAGUACAAUUUGGUUACUUGCAAAAGCUUAUGUGGUUGUUAAUGAUUCUUGCUAUCAUCAACUCAUGAGUCAUUGGUUGAAUACUCAUGCAGUUAUUGAGCCAUUCAUCAUAGCAACACAUCGACAACUUAGUGUGCUUCACCCAAUUCAUAAACUCUUGACUCCUCAUUUUCGUGACACCAUGAACAUCAAUGCACUUGCAAGACAAUCUCUAAUUAAUGCCGAUGGCAUAAUAGAGAAAACGUUUUUGCCUUCAAAAUAUGGUGUGGAAAUGUCUUCUGCAGUUUACAAGAAUUGGGUUUUCCCUGAUCAAGCACUACCAAAUGAUCUUAUCAAGAGAAAUAUGGCUGUUAAGGAUUCAUCUUCACCGUAUGGACUUCGUCUUCUGAUAGAGGACUACCCUUAUGCUGUUGAUGGAUUAGAGAUAUGGGAAACUAUUAAAACAUGGGUCCAAGAUUAUGUCUCAUUGUAUUAUGCAACCGACGAUGAUAUCAAAAUUGACUCAGAACUUCAACAUUGGUGGAAAGAAGUUGUAGAAGAAGGUCAUGGUGAUUUGAAAGAUAAGCCAUGGUGGCCUAAGUUGCAAACACUUGAAGAGCUUGUUGAAGUUUGCACUAUUAUUAUAUGGACUGCAUCAGCUCUUCAUGCAGCUGUUAAUUUUGGACAAUAUCCUUAUGGUGGUUUUAUUUUAAACCGUCCAACUCUUAGUAGACGAUUGCUUCCUGAACAAGGCACUUCACAAUAUGAAGAAAUGGUGAAGAGUCCUCAAAAGGCUUACUUGAGAACAAUUACACCAAAGUUACAAACACUUAUUGACCUUUCGGUGAUAGAAAUCUUGUCAAGACAUGCUUCUGAUGAGGUCUACCUUGGAGAAAGGGAAAAUCCACAUUGGACCUCUGAUUCAAAAGCUUUACAAGCAUUUCAAAAGUUUGCAAAUAAGCUAGCAGAAAUUGAGGCAAAACUUGCAAAGAAGAACAAUGACCCGAGUCUAAGCCAUCGAUUUGGGCCGGUUCAAUUGCCAUACACUUUACUUCAUCCCACUAGUGAAGAGGGUUUAACUUUUAGAGGAAUUCCCAAUAGUAUAUCUAUCUAAGAAAAGUUGAGGUUUAUUUAACUAUAUGUUACUUUAUCUUCCAAUAAAGAGAUGCUCCAAUUAUCUUGCAUCUUAUCUAUGUUAUAAUUAAGUGUAUGCGUAUGUUUAGUUAUUUGUAAUUUGAACCCUCCAACUUGUUAUAGUUCACAAAUAAUAAGGGUAUUAUUGGUUUGUGUGUUUAUCUC